AUGUACUGUUCAAAACUUUGUAGACAGUUGAUACCCUAUAAUUACAUCCUUCGCCUAGAAAUCGUUGCCUCUUCGGGUGCAUUUCCACCGCCAACACAUGCCAUAUUAUCGAAAAGAUUACAAUGCAUCUUUGUGUCAAAUCCACUUAGAGUGUACUCGUUAAACUGUGUAGAAAAUGAGGUACCCAAUAUAACGGUUAGUGGUCGUGUCGACUGCCUUCGUUUAAAUGCCGAUGAAAGGAAUAUUGGUGUUGCUUCGAACGAUGUUAUAAAAUUAGUUGACUUAAAUAGAGGGCGUGAGAUACGUAAGCUAUCUGGUCAUUCAUUAACAGUACAAGCACUAACACCUCGUUGGAGUUGUGUGUACUCGUGGGUCUCCGGCUCUCUAGACUCAUCUUGGAUAGUAUGGGAUAGUCGCUCACAUCCCGCUAACAUAAUGCAUGGUAGAACGACAGGCCCAGUUCGUUGUGUCGAGAUGAGUCCUGAUGAUAUCAUUCUUGCCGUCGGUACGGACUCCACACUGCAACUAUAUGACAUCAGAACACGAUGCAUCCUGAAGCAGUUCCCCUCAUCUACUUAUGGUGCGACAUUCCAUCCAGCUCAGAGGAUGGUGGCGACAUAUGGAGCAGAGCGAGUUGUUAGAUUCUGGUGUUUAGACGAGCUGUUAUCAGUUGCGAUGUCAGAUGUGUUUCAUGCGGAAAUUCAAUGCGCAGAGUUUGCAACUGUACCACCACAUAAGGAUCCAGUUUUGGUGGCCUCUACGAAUCAGAUCAUGAAGACGUUGACAAGCGAACCAUGUGAAACGUUAGCUACAAAUAGUAUUGGAGAAUUUUCUAAGGUGUUGGGCCUGAAUGUGUCAGCAGAUGGCGUGGGCAUUAUUUGUACGGAUUCUACUUCCGCACUUUCUUAUUCCAUCUUCUCUUUGGAAGUACUCGGAAUAGAAAUCUUGCAUGGCUCCAUAAAAUCUGCUGAAUUUUCUGACACGGACGAGUCAAUAUCAGAUGAAGUGACCGCAGAAGCCGUGGAUGGAAUUCCUACACCUGAAGAACUUCCGAGUCGAAAGUCGUGCUCGUCUCGUCUAAUUUGUCGGAGCGCCUCGCCAUCAAACGGUGCUGCUGUGAAGGACGGCUCAGUCAAAGUACUUCGAUCAAGCAAGAGAAUUGCUUAUCCAGAAGCAAGUGGAAGACCUCCUCGAGAACCAGUUCGAUCGAUUCAGACGAAUUCCAAUAUUUCAACUGCUGGUCUAUCGGUCAGUGAAUUCGCGGCGAAAAUAGAAAAGGGACAUCAUAUAACUAUUAUGCAAGCUGAGAGAACAGCGCUUGGAGUGCAACAGUUGACUGCUUCGUUUAAGCAUGGAGGCAUGUCCGCUAUGAUAAAAGACGGCCUGUUUGCUGACGAAUUAGUAGUCACUGCUAUGUUGAGGAUACUGAAUGAAAACAAACGCUGGGAUAUCAACACCUGCAACAGUUAUCUUCCAAAGCUCAAAGAAUUUCUGCAAGACUCCACAUUGCCAGAGUCCUGUCGUGAGGUUGCGUUGUCUUCCCUACAGUGCAUUGCUACUGGUCUUCUGGAUACACUUAGAAAUUGUUCUCGAGCACCACUAUGCAAUAUCGGAGUUGAUGUAGCCGCUGAAGAUCGGAAGCAAAAAGCAGAAAAUUGUAUUAAGGAACUUCGCGAUCUUAGAGAUAGACGCGAACAGUUUUACCGGAAGCUUUCUCAAGAUGAGAUGUAUAGACUCGAUGCAAUUAUAGCUUUUCUAAAAAUCCUAUAG